GUUCCAAAAUUACGGGCUUUUCCGGCCAUUUCUGCCUACAUUCCUUGAAUCUUCCCGUCGUCAAAAUCCUCCAUUGAUGGCGAUGUAAAAUCCUUUUCUCCCAAAAAGAAAGGAUUUUUCCCACAUUAGACGAUAAAACCAUACCUGAAUCAUAGAUAUCGCAAACUCUCCCUCAUGGGCUUCCAGCAGCUUCAUGCCAACCACCAAGGUGCGGGCACUGGCGGCAACUCCGGCGAUGGCAUCUCGCACCACCAGCGCGUCCACAGCCCUAGGUAUGCUGGCUCCAUGACACGUCGCGCCAACUCUUUCAAGCGCAGCGUCGGAAAUAGCGCUGAGGUCGAGCUCCAGAUCCACUCACCCCGCUCGUCCAGUGAUAGCAUGGGAGGCAGCCCAAUGAGCGAUGCUGCAGAUUUACCCUCGUCGCCCUCGCCCUUUGAUUCGACGUCGGAUAGGUGGCAUCAAGGGCAGAACAUACGGUUCAGGUUAGCGGCGCCUCUUCUAGGUAAGGCGGUGUUCGCGAAGCCCGUGCCCGGGCUAACUUUCAGGGAUAGGAGACGACUUGGGAAUGUCGUGUUCUUGGUUUUCUGCGGCGUUUGCUUGUGGCUUGGAGUGGCGAAAAUCUUUGCCGGUGGUUGGCUUGGAUCUAUCUUGGCCGAGAGAGCGGAGCGCUACCAGAGAUUGUCUGCUGAAUACACCAGUCGGAAAGCAGGGCUAUCAAAUAAUCCUGGUUUGAAAGGAGGAAGUGAAAAUGAUAUAUUUCUGAUGACGUUAUCAUCAGGUAUAGAUGGAGUUCAUGAAAAAUUACUUAAGAACGCUGAAAUAUGGGCUAAGCCAAACAACGAGAAUUUCACACAAUGCAUUGAACCAGCAAACUAUAAGAGGAUUUCUUUUCCCGGUUUUGCAGAUGUUGAUGCCAAGACAAAUGGAUAUAUUCUAGUUAAUGCGAAUGGAGGAUUGAAUCAGAUGAGAUUUGGGAUCUGUGAUAUGGUCGCCAUUGUUAAGAUUAUGAAAGCAACUCUUGUGCUCCCUUCGCUUGACCAUUCAAACUUUUGGGCAGAUGAUAGUAACUUUAAGGAUCUCUUUGAUUGGAAACAUUUUAUCAAGAUCUUGAAGGAUGAUGUUCAUAUAGUUGAAGCAUUGCCAGCUUCCUUUGCAGAGACUGAACCUUUUAACAUAACUCCUAUAUCUUGGUCUAAGGUCAAAUAUUACAAAGAAGAGGUCCUCCCUCUACUGAAAAAAUACAAAGUUCUGUAUUUAACUCACACAGACUCCCGGCUUGCAAAUAACGGUCUUCCGGCCUUUAUUCAGAAAUUGAGAUGUCGGGCGAAUUACAGAGCUCUGAAAUAUUCUGCUCCAAUUGAGGAACAUGGUGCAACCCUUGUUUCAAGAAUAAGGUUACAUGGACAUCCAUAUGUUGCCCUUCAUCUAAGAUAUGAAAAGGACAUGCUGGCUUUUACAGGUUGUAGCCAUAAUUUGACAUCCAGGGAAGAGGAGGAACUCCUUGACAUGCGCUAUGAGGUUAGCCAUUGGAAGGAGAAGGAAAUUGAUGGUUCGGAGAGACGAAAACAGGGAGGUUGCCCUUUAACUCCCAGAGAAACUUCUCUUCUUCUCAAAGGAUUGGGAUUUCCAUCUAGCACGCACAUAUACUUGGUGGCUGGUGAAGCUUUUGGAAAUUAUAGUAUGAAGUAUCUGACUGAUGAUUUCCCAAACAUCUACUCCCAUUCAACCCUUUCUACAGAAGAGGAGCUUAGGCCUUUCAUAAAUCAUCAGAACAUGCUUGCUGGUUUGGAUUAUGUUGUUGCUCUCCAGAGUGAUGUCUUUAUUUACACUUAUGAUGGAAAUAUGGCAAAGGCUGUUCAAGGGCAUAGACGCUUUGAGAACUUCAAAAAGACAAUCAAUCCGGAUAGGUUAAAUUUUGUGAAACUGGUUGAUGAUUUUGACCAAGGGAAGAUCUCAUUGAAGCAAUUCAAAUCAAAAGUGAAGAAACUUCACAGAGAACGAAUUGGUGCUCCAUAUUACAGAGAAUCUGGUGAAUUUCCCAAGCUUGAAGAAUCUUUUUAUGCAAAUCCAUUUCCAGGAUGUAUUUGUGGAAAGCCACGUAUAAUAAGAUAGAAGAGCCACUGGUUCUUACAUUUUUACCAUUCGUAGUUGGAAAUACAGCGCACACAGUAUAUUUGAAAAGAUACAAAGCACAGAUAGAAGAAAUCAGGGAGCCUUUGCAAUAUUGAAACUAAAAAUGGUUAACUGGUGAUGAGAUGGAGUAACAGAAGGCGAAGAAAAUGCAGUAUUGAUUCUUUACAGAGCCAGAGCUGUUAGUGAGGUUAAUUUCUUGCGUUUUGCAGUCAUUGAUGAUUUUGUUUUUCUAAGUGUAGAUAGCUCGAGCUUCCUCCUCUUCUUUGUGAAGCAAACAUCAAAGAAUGUGUAGAUUAUUAUGGUUUUUUAUUUGGCAGUUUUGCUCUUGCAAAUUGCAAGUGGGCUGUGCCCUUUUAUGGUAAGAUUUCCAUUCUUAAGAAAGUCGAGAUUCUUCAAAUUUUA